GAGGAACCUCUCCGCUCAGAUCUUACACGAGAUGUUUGCCACGCGGUCUCUGCGAAUGUUCCGCCCCACGGCUCGCAUGAUGCGGCCGAUUCCGAAGGAGGAGCAGAGUGCGCACACUGUCUCGCAGCGUCUCCGCCGUCUCAAGCAGAUUCCGCCCGAGCUGAUUCCCCUCGGUGUUGUCGUUGCUUUCGCCGUCACCGCUGCCGCUUACUCGUGCACCCGCCACCUGAUCGUCGACAAGAACAUCCGUCUUAAGAGGCAAAACCGUGCCGCGGAUGCCGCUGCCCAUGGCCACGCAGAGGAGCACCACUAAGGAAGGGUAGCCAUGUGUUGGGUGUGGUGGAAUUGGGCUCUUUAGACUUGGAUGGUCGAGGGACUGUACAAGAAUGGCGGGUCGGAAUGAUCGGAAGGAGUAAGGGCGUGUUUACCCCAGUUUGUGUCUCAGUACCUGUCCAAAGGCGUGUGAACAGACGCCCAUCUCCUUGAUUAACAGAACGAUGCCUGAAGCUGCCCUAACGCCGUAGCUAUGCAAUUUCUUUGGUAUCAUCAACUUCCUUUCCCACCCUUGCACUCGACUCGGGAAGAGCCCUGCCCGCGAGACGUCUUUCUUCGUUGAACAAACCGAAGACAAUCCCUUC